ACUACCACAUAAUAAUAGCUCAAUCUUGCAAAAUUGAUACUAAAAAUAGUGACUGUGUUUUGUUUUUUUGAUUGAUAAAGAGUAGCCGUGUGAUCUUUUGACUUUCACCACAAUGCCGAUCCGUGGAAUAGCAAUCGGACGGCCACAAGAGACCUAUCAGCCGGAUGCACUAAGGGGUGCAUUAGCUGAGUUCAUCAGUACACUAAUAUUUGUGUUUGCUGGUGAGGGUUCUGGCAUGGCCUAUAAUAAGCUCACUGAAGAUGCCUCCACCACACCUGCGGGGCUUGUAGCCGCCGCGUUGGCACAUGCUUUUGGCUUAUUUGUUGCUGUGGCAAUCUCCGCCAACAUCUCCGGUGGCCACGUCAACCCGGCUGUCACCUUUGGCGCCUUCCUUGGUGGCCAUAUCACCCUCGUUAGCGGUAUCCUCUACUGGAUUGCUCAGCUCCUUGGCUCCACUGUAGCAUGCUUGCUCCUUAGGGUAUCCACUGGUUUCUUGACAACAUCGGCGUUUUCGUUGUCAAAAGGGGUGUCAGUGUGGAAUGCACUCGUGUUAGAGAUCGUGAUGACAUUUGGGUUGGUUUACACAGUUUAUGCGACGGCCUUGGAUAGAAGAAGCAAAGGAAAUAUUGGGAUAAUUGCACCAAUUGCAAUUGGUUUCAUAGUCGGUGCCAACAUUUUGGCUGGUGGGGCUUUUGAUGGGGCAUCCAUGAACCCAGCAGUGUCAUUUGGGCCAGCUUUGGUCAGCUGGGACUGGAAAAACCACUGGGUCUACUGGGUUGGGCCUUUGAUCGGAGGUGGAAUUGCUGGCCUUGUGUACGAGUUCUUCUUCCGCACUAAUCAUCACCACGAGCAAUUGAUAAGCUCAGAUGUUUAGAGAGAGAGAGUAAUAUUAAAUGCAAACGUAUGGUCAUUUGGACCUACGGCUAUGUAGCUUGUCCAUGUUCUUGGUAUUUCAUUAUUUUUGAGGUCUUAUUAUUCCUUUUUGUUUGUUUGCCAUGCUUUCAAUUUGGACAUUGUUGAUUUUAGCUUCAUUAUUGUCGAUAUCACCAUCUUGCAAUUCAGUCAUUUGGAGUUUUGGACAACGUUAUGCAACUUUUGGUUGUUUGGACCCACUUCUUGUUGAUGUUAUUCACUUAUCUGUGUGUAAAUUGGUUUUACGUGAA